AUGAGUGAUCCUAGAAUUAGUGACCAAUAUUUUUACAAUGAGUAUACAUAAUCAACAAUUAUAAUAGAUCAUGUGAUAUCAAUUAGAAUUUAAUCGAAUUUUCAACUACUCAUGACCCAUAUACUUAAGUGUAAUAGAUACAGGAACUUCCUAAAAUUCAGAUUUUUGAAGAAUUAGAUCAUGGAACUGAUCUAAUAUCAAGAGCAAUUUAAUUAGAAAAUAUAGGAAUGGAUAGAUUAUGCAUAAAAAAUGAUAGUUCAUUUGAGAGAUAACCAAGGAGUGGAAGUGAUGGUGAUAAUUCAAGAGAUGGAAGCUAAAAUUAUCAAUAGAACAGAAGCAGAAGUAAUUUAUAUAAUAAAUUUUAUUAGGAAAAUUAACUAAAGAAAAAUAAAAACAAUUAAAUGAAUAAUUACAAUCUGAAAUUAUUUAGAAUCUAGGAUAGACAAAGAGCACUUAUUCAAAUAAAAUAUAAAAUUUAGUUAAAAAAGAAACAAAUAAUCAAUUAAUUAUAACUUAGAAAACAAGAUAAUCGUAUUUAUUAUUUUUUAAUGAUUUUUAUUAUAGAAGAAGUUAAUAGAAAAUGGAAAGGAAAAAUGAAUAGCAAUUAUAAAUUAAUAUAGAACAUAGUGAUUAAUCAUCAUCUGAUUCUAUUAAUGAUGGGAAUUUAGAUCCAAAUAGACUUAAAUAAGUGAGAAAUAGAGAAUCUGCAAGAAAUUCAAGAGCUCGAAAAAAGAUCUAUUUUGAAUUAUUAGAAAUAAAAGUUAAAGAUUUGUAGGAUGAAAAUGAUAAAUUGAGAGAUCAAUGUAUAAAUAUGUAAAAAUCAAUUGAAAUUUAUAAUAAAUAAUAAGAUAAGGUAAUUGAUAUUUAGAACAUAUAUUAGUUUUAAACAUUUUUAAAUUAAUAGUAGUAAUUAUUUGAAAAAUUAGAAGAAUGUAUUAGAUAAGAAAAAGAUGAUACUGAAAUAGAAAUUCUUUUGGAUGCAUUAAAAUAUAGAAUAUCUUCUAAUAAAUAAGAGAGAAUUGAUUCAGCAAAAUCAUAUGCAUUUUCAAUUUUAGAUGUCACUUUACCAUUGCCAACAAAAUAUUUGUUCAGUAUUCUUGAUGAUAGAGAUUUCUUUUCUUAAAAUUAGAAGUAAUUAAUAAUGAAAAUAUAAUAGAAAUUGUUCAGAAUUUUUAAGAGAUAUUUUUAGAUUGAUUGAAAUAAAAUCAGAAAAUUAAUAAAUGAAUGAAAAAAUUAAAAUAAAGUUAGGAUAAUGUAAAUAAAAUAUAAUAGAGUAAGAUUUUAUUUAAAUUAGUUCAUUUAAAAAAAUAAAAUAAGAAAUUAAAGUAAUUUAAAGUGAAGCUUCUAAAGUAGAUUUAUUAUGGGAAUAAUUGAAAGAAAAUAUAAAACCAAAUAUAUUAGCUUAAUUUUUAAUAGCUUUACAUCAAGUAAUAAUUAUAUAUUUUAUUAAUUUAGAAUGAGUAUAGAGCAGAGUUUUAGGCUACAACAAUUUUUAAAAAUAAUAAAGAUAAAAAAGAUCAUAAUUGUAUUCAAAUCUAAGUGUAAUAAUAAUUGAGAAAGCAUAUAAAAAAAUCGGAUUGA